UGCUUUGCGUCAAGAUCUCUUCUUUCACUGUUCGUACUUCGUCUUGCUCGUAAUCGAAGAAGAAGAAGAAGAAGAAGAGAUCGAGAGGAGAAGAGGGAUUGAAGGAGGAGGCCUCAAUGGGUUGCUCGUUCUCGGGCCUCAACGCUCUCUACGACGCUGUCAAUGGGGGCGGCGAUGUCUGGAUCAACCAGAACCGCUUCCGCAUCGUCCGCCAGCUCGGUGAGGGUGGGUUCGCCUUUGUUUAUCUCGUCAAGGAGGUCACCGCCACUGCCGAUGGCUCCUCCAGUGGCCUCGCCCGCAAUAAGUCCAUCAACCCUGCGCAUAUCUCAGGUGAUGGGGUAUAUGCUAUGAAGAAAGUCAUCAUCCAAAGUGAUGAGCAGUUGGAGCUAGUGAGACACGAGAUUAGUGUCUCCUCUCUAUUUAGUCAUCCUAAUCUGCUCCCUCUUCUUGAUCAUGCAAUUAUUGCAGUCAAGGGUAAACAGAAUGAAUCAAUGAAUCAUGAGGCUUACUUGUUAUUCCCGGUGCAUUUGGAUGGAACUUUGCUGGACAAUGCGAAAACCAUGCAAGAGAAAAAGGAGUUCUUUCCAACAAUCACUGUUCUUGAAAUUUUUCGACAGCUUUGUGCAGGACUUAAGCAUAUGCAUAGCUUUGAGCCUCCAUAUGCUCAUAAUGAUGUCAAACCUGGUAAUGUCCUCAUAACUCAUAGAAAGGGGCAGCCACCUCUUGCUAUUUUAAUGGAUUUUGGAAGUGCUCGACCUGCAAGGAAGGAAAUUUAUUCUCGUUCUGAAGCACUGCAGCUGCAGGAAUGGGCAGCCGAACAUUGUUCUGCGCCUUUUCGAGCUCCUGAAUUGUGGGAUUGCCCAAGCAACACUAAGAUUGAUGAGAGGACAGAUAUUUGGUCUCUCGGAUGUACUUUGUAUGCCAUAAUGUAUGGUGUAUCUCCUUUCGAGUACGUGCUUGGGGAAUCAGGGGGAAGCUUACAGUUAGCAAUUUUGAAUGCACAAAUAAAAUGGCCACCCGGGCCUAACCCACCCUAUCCCGAAGCUCUUCACCAGUUUGUUGUUUGGAUGCUCCAGCCCCAGCCUGCCGUUCGACCUCAUAUUGACGAUGUUAUCAUCCAUGUCGACAAGCUCAUUUCCAAGUUCUCAUCUUAAGCUCAACAUCAAUUGGAUUCAAUCCAAUGUCUAUUCAUGAUAACUUGCCAUUGUUUUUUAGCAUUAGCCUUUUUUCUGUAUUUUUCUUCACCAUGUUGCAACUGAUGUCGAUUGUACUCGGCUUAUGUUUAUACAUUAACAGGUUAUGAAAUAUGAGGAAUUUUUUUUUUUUUUUUU